AUGACAUCAUCAUCCUAUAAUUUCACAAUUAUUGAUUCAAGCAUAGCAGCAAUGAUUUCAAGAAUCAUCACACAUCCACUUGACACUAUUAGGGUGCGUCUUCAAACUUCUACAGCAGUGAAUUCUAAUAUUAAUAAUUUUGUUGUUUCUGCUGCCAAAAUUAAUGUUAGAACGUCAUAUUUUCGUAAUUUGUACAAAUAUUCUAUUAGACGCUCGCCUCUAAUUAUGCUGAUUCGUAACACAUCAUUAAUGGAUUAUUAUAAUGGAUUAUUGGUAGCAACAUUGCUAGGCGUGCCAGCUUCAUCAACAUAUUUAUACAUAUAUGACAAAUCAAAAUAUUAUAUAUCAGACAAUUUUGGAAUAAGAGAUGACAAGAUGAUAAAUCAUAUGAUUAGUGGAACUAUAGCAGAGAUAGUUAGUGGGGCUUUUUGGACGCCAAUGGAAGUUUUAAAAAGUAAACUGCAAAUUCAAGAUUCAACAAGUGGAAGCAAUACAUUAUCAAUGAUAAAAAGAAUAGUUAGAAUAGAUGGAGUUUUAGGAUUUUUUCGUGGAUAUUGGAUGUCAUUAUAUGUUUAUGUACCACAUACGAUUUUAUAUUUUACAACUUAUGAGAAACUUAAACAAAUUAAUUUUCUAAACAAAAACAAAAACAAAAACAAUACUAGCGAUGUGGUCAAGACAAGAUGGCAGACCACAUUUUCUAAUCAACAAUCAAUCAAAUCACCCAUUGAUAUUAUUAAAUCAAUGUAUAUUAAUGAGGGUGGAUUGAUUGCAUUUACUAAAGGAAUGGGUGCAAGAGUUCUAUGGAUGAUACCAAGUAGUUCUAUUAGUAUGACAAGAGCAACAGUGAAAGGUUUACUUUAG